CGGAUCAUUUGAAAAUUCCGAGUAUUUAAACCGGAUCAUUUACACAUUCUUCAGUUCACGCUUCAGUUCUUCCAGGUCUAUUGUGGUCUAACACAGACGUUGUAGCUCGUGUAUUGUGUGUUUGUUUGGUAGAAUUUUAAUUUAAAAUUAUGAGCACCGCAAAAACUCAGUGUCCAGCCAACGGAACAGAGCCGUGUACGAAAAAAUUAAAAGUUGAAUCUGUUCCAGUGUUCCAUUCUCCUAUUAAUGAUGUCAUAGCCCCACCAAAUAAGCCUUCGAAGUGUACGUGGAAUAGAAUUAAUGAUAAAACACAAAUUAAUCCACAUUCGACCCAUGAAUGGAGAAGAACGUCAAAAAUACUACCUGAUAUUUUGAAAACCAUAGGUAACACACCUUUAGUAAAAUUGAACAAAAUACCCCAACAUGAAGGGAUCAAAGCAAACGUUUACGUUAAAUGCGAGUAUUUUAACCCAGGAGGCUCGGUAAAAGACAGGAUAGGGUACAGAAUGGUCAAGGAUGCGGAGGAACAAGGUUUAUUAAAACCAGGCUGUACUAUUAUCGAACCAUCAUCAGGAAAUACCGGUAUAGGACUAGCCUUAGCAGCCGCAGUCAAAGGCUAUCGCUGUAUUAUUGUAAUGUCUGAAAAAAUGUCCAACGAGAAGGUAUCGACAUUGAAAGCCCUGGGCGCGGAAAUCGUGAGAACGCCGGUGAAUCAGGAUUCAAAUUCGCCGACAGGUAUGUUCGGAACGACGCACAAACUACACGAGCAAAUACCGAACUCUGUGAUUCUGGACCAGUAUUCAAAUCCGGGCAACCCGCUGGCUCACUAUGACACCACGGCCGAGGAAAUCUACGACCAGUGCGACAAAAAUGUGGAUAUGUUGGUUAUGGGAGCGGGAACGGGAGGAACUGUCACAGGAAUAGGCAGGAAAUUCAAGGAAAUAUCCCCAAAGACUAUACUGGUUGGCGCCGACCCUUAUGGAUCUGUUUUGGCUGUUCCAGACAGCCUGAACAAGACUGACAUUGAUUUUUACGAAGUCGAAGGCAUAGGUUAUGAUUUCAUUCCUACUGUACUAGAUAGAGCCGUAGUAGACCGUUGGGUCAAGACGUCUGACAAAGAAUCUCUGCUUAUGGCCAGAAGGUUGAUUCAGGAGGAAGGACUUCUCUGUGGUUCAAGCAGUGGCGCUGCGGUAGUGGCAGGUUUAAAAGCAGCAAAAGCUCUUAAAGAGGGUCAAAACGUCGUGAUACUGCUGCCGGACAGCAUCAGGAACUACAUCACGAAAUUCAUCAGCGACCAGUGGAUGGAAGCUCGAGAAUUCGUCCCCAGCGAAAACACAGAGCACCACUGGUGGUGGGACAAAAAAGUGACAGAUCUAGAGCUGGCAACCUUGCAAACGGCCUCCGCGGCAACGACUUGCGAUCGGGCGCUGCAGUUGAUGAAAAAGUUGGCCGUUGAUCAAAUUCCGGUCGUGGAAAGCAACGGUGAAAUCGUCGGCAUGAUAACCUUGCAACUGUUAUUGACUAGGAUAGUGGAUAAGAAAAUCCAGCCCAGCGACCCUAUAGACAGCAUAGUUAUGAGGAUUUACCCGAAACUUUACAACACCGCAAAUUUGGGACUGGUUUCCAGAGUACUGGAAAAGGAACCUUACGUUUUGAUAUUAAAAAAAGACGAUGCAAGUAAUAUUAUUAAACCUGUAGCCAUAGUCACUCCUAUAGAUAUUCUUCAGUACGUAUCGUCAAAUAAGUAAUUAAACGAAAUAAAGUGGAAGAAUUUUGUUGAAGAUCUGGUUAUUUUUAUGGUAUUUGGCCUAGAAUAUUAUAGUAUUUUAUAUUUAUGAUAUUUAUAUAUGAAUCUCAAAACAUGUAGUUCAAAUAUUAAAUUUAAUUAAGUACUAGUUAAAUGCAUUUAAAUAAAAAUAUAUAUUUUAAUUUAAAAAUAUAGUAAUACAUUUUUUAAGCAUA